AUGGAUCUAACGCGUAUCCGGGUUGACGCCUCCUCUCGUGCUCUGCAGUAUGAAACUGUACAAGCUGUGGAGAGUGGGCCCAUCCUGAGAGACAUGGCCUUCUCCUCGGACCACCACUACCUCUACGUCAUGUCUGAGACUCAGCUGUCGAGGGUGCCAGUGGAGGCCUGUGGACAGUACACAACCUGCAGUGAAUGUCUUGGAUCAGGAGAUCCCCACUGUGGCUGGUGUGUUCUGCACAAUAUGUGCACCAGAAAGGAGAAAUGUGAGCGCUCAUCAGAACCCCGGCGCUUUGCUUCAGACAUCAAGCAGUGUGUGCGUCUCAGUGUCCACCCGAACAACAUAUCGGUUUCCCAGUUUAGCGUCACGUUGGUGCUGGAAGCCCACAACGUCCCAGAACUUUCAGCAGGUGUCAACUGCACCUUUGAGGAUCUGGCUGAGAUGCAUGGCCUGGUGGAGGGAAACCGGAUCAGAUGCUCCUCUCCUGCUGAGAAGGAAAUGCCACGCAUUAUUGUAGACAAAGGUGACCACCAGAUUGUGCAGCUUUAUCUUAAAUCCAAGGAGACGGGCCUGGCUUUUGCAAAUACCAGUUUUGUUUUCUACAACUGUAGUGUGCACAAGUCAUGUCUGUCAUGUGUGAGUAGUCCCUACCAGUGCCACUGGUGUAAAUACAGACACGACUGCACCCACGACCCUCGCACUUGUUCCUUUCAGGAGGGGAGAGUGAAGAAGCCCGAGGGCUGUCCCCAGUUGCUGCCUGCAGAAAGGAUACUGGUGCCAGUCAACGUAGUGAAGCCCAUCACUUUGCGAGCUAAGAAUCUCCCCCAGCCCCAGUCUGGACAGAGAGGGUAUGAAUGUCUCCUAACCAUCCAAGGAAAUGAGCACCGAGUUCCUGCCCUGCGCUUCAACAGCUCCUCCGUGCAGUGUCAAAACACAUCGUCAUCCUUCCAAUACGAUCCAUCCACUGACUGA